AUGAACAGCUUGAAGGGUCUUACGACUAACUACGGAGUAUUGCCACAAUUGCGUUAUUGUUAUUCUCAUCUUCUUCCAAAAGGUUCUCGCCUUGAGCUGUUACAGUCCUCCUUUUGCUGUGCUGUCACGUGUCUUGUACGCAGGACCCUCAAAGCAAAUGCAUGGAGAAGAGUAGAGACGGAGCAUCAAAGAAGUGAGACUGUUAAGAGGGAGGCAGUAGAGGCCUGCGAUUGCACACUAGAGGACGAUGAGGAACAGGAAUCUAAAGUUGCAGCAUUUCUGUAUCGCUGCCGAGAAAGUAUCUAG